AUGGAAGCUUGGCGAUGGCGUCGACCCCUAAGAAGUGGUGAUCAACAAGUGCAAUUUGAUGAGUUGAUGAGGAUUUUGUUUGAUGUGAUCCUUUCUAGUGUCAAAGAUAAAUGGCGAUGGGUUUUACAAGGUUCGAUUGACUUUACGAUUUUUAAUACUAGGAAAAUUAUCGAUCAGAUGUUGUUUCCGAAUGCGGCUACUCCCACCGGAUGGAAUCCAUACAUCCAUAUGAAGCUGAUUUGGACGGCAAUGAAUGACAUUGUUAAUUCAGAAGGUGUCAAGAAAAGGAGCAUGGUGGGGGGCUAUUAUCUUUGUGAUUCUUUGGAGGAUUUGAAGAUACUUGUCGGUGAAACUAGUUUUACAAAACCAACACCAACUGCAAAACCAGCUGCUCCGCCCCUUACUAUAUCAGCCACCAUACUUUUAGAAGCUGUUUCAAUGGAGACAAAUGGAAUGUUCUCUAACACGUCUGGAGGGUCGGGAAUGUUAGGGCUUGAAAUGUCGUUAAACCACCAGCAAAAUCCCAACUUCCUUCACCAGCAACCACCGUUCGCGGCGGCGGCGGCAAAACAAGGGUACCCGUAUGCAGCUCCAAAACAAAAAGCUUCGCCGAUUAGCGACGAAGAAGAGCCGCAUAGCAACAAUAUGAACAAUCCGUCUACCACCGAGGAUAGCGGCGGCGAUGGGAAGUUGAGAAAGGGGUCACCGUGGCAGAGAAUGAAAUGGACGGAUAACAUGGUGAGGUUGUUGAUAAUGGUGGUUUUCUAUAUCGGAGAUGAAGGUGGGUCGGAGCAACCAAGUGGGUCCGACACGGCGGCGAAAAAGAAAGGCGGUGUUGGUGGGGUUUUACAGAAGAAAGGGAAAUGGAAAUCGGUUUCCAGAGCGAUGAUGGAAAGAGGGUUUUACGUUUCUCCACAACAAUGUGAAGAUAAAUUCAAUGAUUUGAAUAAAAGAUAUAAAAGGGUUAACGACAUUUUAGGGAAAGGAACUGCUUGUAAAGUCGUCGAGAAUCAAAGUUUGCUCGAAACCAUGGAUCAUUUAUCGCCGAAAUUGAAGGAAGAAGCCAAGAAAUUACUCAAUUCGAAGCAUCUUUUCUUCAGGGAAAUGUGUGCUUAUCAUAAUAGCUGCGGCGGAGGGAGUGGCGGAAGUGUUGCAGCCCACCAUUCUUCACCACCGGAAGUCACCACAACCGAACAGCCUCCACACCACAGACAGAAUUGCGUCCAUUCAAACAACGAAGACGAAGAAGACGACGAUGAGGGAGAAGAUGAUGAAGACGACGGCGAUGGCCACCCCGAUGAGGAGGAGGACGACGGCUUAUCAAGCCGGAAAAGAGGUAGAACCGCAGAAAACGAUGGGCAUGACGGCAUAAUCCAACAAUUUAAUGGCGAAAUCAGUUGUGUGAUGCAAGAUUUGACAAAAAGCGUAUGGGAAAAGAGGCAAUGGAUGAAGGUAAAGAUGAUGCAAUUGGAAGAACAAAGAGUAGGGUUUCAAGGGCAAUCUUACGAAUUAGAGAAGCAAAGAUUGAAAUGGGUGAAAUUUAGCUGCAAAAAAGAGAGAGAAAUGGAGGUGGAGAAGCUAAGGAAUGAAAGAAUGAAGCUUGAGAAUGAAAGAAUGGUGCUUUUGUUAAGGCAAAAAGAGAUGGAAUUGGUUGAUCUUCAACACCAAUACUCAUCUAAUCUUCAUAAGAGAACAACUGAUUAA